UAGACUGAAGAAAGCUAGCCGCAGCAAAAUGGGGAAGAAGACGAAGAGAGAAAGCUCGGAACCAAUCGAAGAAGACGAACCAGACCUUUCUAAUGGCUGUUCUCUCGAUACUAAACUGAAGAAGAAGAAGACAAAGAAACACAAGAAGGGAAUCAUCGAGAAUGAGAAUGAGAAAGAAAACACUCAUAAACCUAAUGAAACUCCUACCGUCAGCAUCGCUCUCCCUGGCUCCAUCAUUGACAACGCUCAGUCCCUCGAACUUGCCACUCUGUUGGCUGGACAAAUUGCUCGUGCUGCAACAAUAUUCCGGAUAAAUGAGGUGGUAGUAUUUGACAGCAAAAGUAGCUUGACUGAUGCUACUAUAGUGGCUGAUAGUUCGAAUGAGAAUGAAAGUGGUGCAGCUUUUCUUGUAAGGAUUCUUAAAUAUCUUGAGACGCCACAAUAUUUGAGGAAGAGUCUUUUUCCAUGGCACAACAGUUUGCGUUAUGUGGGUGUUUUGCCUCCUCUUGAUGCUCCGCACCAUCUACGUAAGCAUGAAUGGGCUCCUUUCCGUGAUGGAGUCACAAAGGAACGGGAUUCAAAAUCUGGCGGAACGCUCGUUGACGUUGGACUCAGUAAAGAUGCUAUUAUUGAUGAAGUUCGUGAACCUGGAAUUAGGGUUACUGUUGCCAUGGGUACCAAUCGCAACUCGAUUGCAGAUUUGCCGCGCCAAGUAGUCUCUUCUGCUAAGCCUAGGGAAGAGGGUUUAUAUUGGGGAUAUAACGUUCGAUACGCUCCGAAUCUUAGUUCUGUAUUUAAGGACACUCCAUUCAAGGGUGGAUAUGAUUAUGUUAUUGGUACCUCAGAACACGGAAAAUUUAUCAAGUCUUCAGAACUUCAUAUACCUGCUUCCAGGCACCUUUUAAUUGCUUUUGGUGGACCUCCUGGGCUAGAAGAAUGUAUAGAAGAAGACGAUACCCUAAAGGGGAAAGAGGCAGUUGAUGUAUUUAAUACGUACUUGAAUGUUUGUCCAGAUCAAGGAAGUAGAACCAUUAGAUCCGAGGUAUGCUUUAUGUUUGAUUUCACUUUUAUCCGUUUUACAAAAUGUUUUGUUUUGUUUAUUCUCUAUUAUGAUGCCCGACAAACAGGAAGCCAUUCUAAUAUCACUUCAGUAUUUCCAAGAGCCGAUAGCAUCUUCACUGCAAAGAUUGAACAGCUAAUGAUUUCAGAUCGAUGAUUUUAGCGAUCGUGUUGUGGCUGAAUCUCAUUUGAUUUUAGUGUUCUAAGUUAGUUUUGUGGCUUUGUGAAUUUAAACAUUUUGGUUUGUUUGUAGUGUUGUGUUGGUUAUUGAUAUUAUUCCUUAGCUAUGAAAGACAGGCCAACAAAAAGGCUCACAUUUUUCCCAUAAUUAUAUUAAAGAACUUUCAUUGACA